CAACAGGCCCGAUUAGUCUUUUGGCCGAAAACUGUUUUAAUCAAAAUAAUAGGUUUUAAUUUAAGUUUUUGAGUAAAUUCUUAUUGGGUAAUAACGCAAUUGACUCAAAUUGGUUUAAAGUAAGUUACAAGCCAAAUAUUUGCGUUCGAACUGGUCGACACUCGUGUCACACAUUGACAUUUCAAAUCUAACCUCGAAAUUUCCGCAUGUUUUCUUCGCCGUAAAAAUGUCCACUGAGGUUUAUUUAAGCGAAGCCGAGUUAUUUUGUGACGCUGACGAAGACACCGCUCUCAGUUACCCGAGUGAAGACUCCGAAAUUGACUCAAUUUUGGCGACUAAAACCCAGCGAAACCCCCAAGUGUCAUCCCACAAAGUGAGUUCAUACCAGCCCCCCGCCAACCUAUUUAAAAAAUACUCCCACAAAAUCAACAUUGACGAUUUGCCCAGCCAUGCCACCAACUCGCUCAAAGCCAGCGAAAAGCGCCAAGAAAACGAGAAAAUCCGCCGCAAAGACAAGCACGACCGCGCCACCGCUGAGCAAGUGAUGGACCCCCGAACCCGAAUGAUUCUGUUCAAAUUACUGAACCGGAACGUCAUUUCGGAGAUAAACGGUUGCAUUUCCACGGGCAAGGAGGCCAAUGUGUACCAUGCGAGCAGCGAGGGGGGCCACUUCGCGAUCAAGAUCUACAAAACGUCGAUUCUUGUCUUCAAAGACCGCGACAAGUACGUCAGUGGGGAGUUCCGCUUCCGGCACGGCUACUGCCGCCACAACCCCCGCAAAAUGGUGCGCACUUGGGCUGAGAAAGAGAUGAGGAACUUGAUUCGGAUGCACUCGAGUGGGGUGAACGUCCCCGAGCCGAUUUUGCUGCGCUCCCAUGUGCUGGUGAUGGGGUUUGUGGGGAAAAAUGGCUGGCCUGCACCCAAAUUAAAAGACGUGGAGUUGAGUCAGUCAAAAGCACGGGAAAUUUACAGAGAUGUUGUUGUAAUCAUGUGGAAAAUGUACAAUAAGUGUAAAUUAGUACAUGCGGAUUUCUCCGAAUUCAAUUUGCUUUAUUUGAGUGGAGAAAUCUACGUUAUCGACGUGUCACAAUCUGUGGAACAUGACCAUCCACAUGCCUUGGAGUUUCUGCGGAAGGAUUGCACGAAUAUUAGCGAUUUUUUUAAGAAAAAACAAGUUGCAACGAUGAAAAUCAAAGAUUUGUUUGAUUUUAUUACGGAUCCGAAUAUCAAUGAGGGGAAUAUGGAAGAGUGUCUUGAGACUUUGGCCGAAAAAGCCGCCCAACACACUGAAAUAACAUCAGAAGAACAGGUCGAAGAGGAGGUGUUUAAGCAGGCCUACAUCCCUAAACGACUCACCGAAGUCAUCGAUUUUGAACGUGAUAUAAAUGGGGCCAAGUCGGGACUUGUUGAUGAUUUAGUUUACAAAACUUUGAUCGGUUUAAAAGCCGAUUUGAGUGGGACUGUGCAACACCCGGAGAUUUUAGAUGAAAGAGAGUCAAGUUCGGAUGAGAGUCUUGAAGACAGCAACAGUAAUUUUGUUGAUGCCUCGCGCCCCAAACAUGAGACUCUCGACGAGAAAAAGGCGCGGAAAAAGGCAGUCAAGGAGGCACAAGCCGCGAAAAGGGCAACCAAAAUAAAAAAACAUGUCAAAAAACGGAAAGAGAGAGUUUCAAAGAAAUAAAUUUAAAAAAAGUU